GCGCUGCGGUCCAAUAUAGCGCAUGCGCCCUGCCCGGGGACUGACAGAGAGACUGCAAUAUGGCGAGAAUGCCUAGCAGCGGAGAUUGCUUCACCGACGCAGAGGGGACGGAAAAUGAACGAACGAGUAACCUGGAAAGAAGCGACUAUGAGGAAGAUGAGAUUCAGGAAAUACAGAUAACGGGUGAUGAGGAGUUUGAAUAUGAAAAUGAUGAGGGGUCGGAGUGGGAAGCUGAGUGUGUGGACCCCGAAAACUGUUCUGCCGUGGAGACGGAAGCGGUCCGCAUGCGGAAUACGGACCAGUGCAGUGUGGAUUCUAUUAUCCCCGGGCUGCGGGACUCAGAACUGGAAGGCGAUGUACAUCGGUCAGACCGGUCAAGAGUGAGUGAAAACACUCGUUUAGCCACCAAGUACACGGUGAGAAUCUUCCGGGAGUACCUAAACGAAAAAUCCAAAAGUCCUGACUUUGAAACUAUGGACAAGGAGACGCUGUGCGAGGUGCUGGGGUCUUUUUAUGCAGAGGCGCGUUCAAAGAGUGGGCAGCUGUACAGCAAGUCCUCUCUGAUUGGUAUUAGGAGCGCUUUGAACAGACACCUGAAUGAACCGCCUUACUGCCGCAACCUGGAUCUGUCUAAAGAUCCCGAGCUGAGAAGCGCGAACCUGACGCUGGCAGCGGUGAUCAGAAAGCUGGAAGAACAAGGUGCAUGUCCUGUCGUGCAAAAACAGGCAAUCACCCGGGCUGACUUGAAGAAACUGUACACAUCGAGCGUGUUUAACACUAACACGCCUUUCGGUUUGCUCAAUAAAGUGUGGUUCGAAACCUGCAUGUAUUUCUGCACCAGGGGACGGGAGAAUCAACGAGAACUGGAGGAGAGUUCGUUCGGACUCGGGAUUGACGAAGACGGGAGAAAGUUUAUAUACUUAAAAGCGCUGGGACUGUAUCACAAAUCCAGAUCGGCGUCAUUGAGUAAAAAAAGAACAGACACUGACGACAAUUUGCCCCGCAUGUACGAAACUAGCACGGAGUUCUGCCCCUACGCGAGCUUUGUGAAAUACAUUUCGAAACGGAAUCCGCAUUGCAAAGCAUUUUUUCAGAGACAACGGGACUAUUGCAGUGAAAGUGACACGACCUGGUAUGAAAACAAAGCAAUAGGCAAGAACCUGCUGGGCACUAGGAUGGAAAUGUUAUCAAUAGCUGCGAAACUGUCAAAGACUUACACUAACCACUGCAUCGGCGCCGUCUCCGUUGCGACUUUGAACAGUAUCGUAGACAUUGGGUCAAAGUUAGCGCCUCUGCACGUUGCUCCGGAAACGGCCGAUGAGACCCAGAAUCAGUUCCAACUGGUUGUCCCCUAUUUGCACCCGAUAGAUGAUGACGUGUUAGAAAUUAAAGAACAAGAAACGACUAAGCGGCCGCGAACAACAGAUCCUGUAGACGUUUCCGGACCGGCUUCCCCAAAAAAGCUUUGUGUGCGACCUGCGGAGCGCGGUGGUGACUCCCCCAGCCUGAUCGCUGUGAGAACUGACCCUCAGUCUGUAGCUCCCCUCGAAUCUAAUGGGCAGACGGUGUCCCCUCCGCCCGCUACUGUACUGGCAGAGCAGGAUAACCGAGCCAACAUGUCCAGGCCCAUGAUAACCAGAUCGCCAGUGUCUCCCCUGAGCAGCCAGGGCAUCCCCACCCCUGCCCAGCUCACCAAGUGCAACGCGCCCGUGCACAUCGACGUGGGAGGACACAUGUACACCAGCAGCCUGGCCACGCUAACAAAGUACCCAGAGUCCAGAAUCGGCCGGCUCUUUGAUGGCACGGAGCCCAUCGUUCUGGACAGCCUCAAACAGCACUACUUCAUCGACAGGGACGGCCACAUGUUCCGGUACAUUCUCAACUUCCUCAGGACCUCCAAGCUCCUCAUUCCCGACGACUUCAAGGACUACAGCCUGCUGUACGAGGAGGCGCGGUACUUCCAGCUGCAGCCCAUGCAGGCGGAGCUGGAGCGCUGGCGGCAGGAGCGGGAGGCGGGCCGGGCCUCGCGGCCGUGCGAGUGCCUGGUGGUGCGCGUGGCGCCCGACCUGGGCGAGCGCAUCACGCUCAGCGGCGACAAGGCCCUCAUCGAGGACGUCUUCCCCGAGAUCGGCGACGUCAUGUGCAACUCGGUCAACGCCGGCUGGAACCACGACUCCACCCACGUCAUCCGCUUCCCGCUCAACGGCUACUGCCACCUCAACUCCGUCCAGGUCCUGGAGAGGCUGCAGCAGCGCGGGUUCGAGAUCGUGGGCUCCUGCGGGGGGGGCGUGGACUCCUCGCAGUUCAGCGAGUACGUCCUGAGGAGGGAGAUCCGGAGGGGGCAGCGGGGGCCCUCGGUCAUCCGGAUAAAACAGGAGCCGCUGGAUUAAGGUGGGGGGGUCGGCGGGGGGGGGGGGGGGUGGGGUCUCGGUUGGGCCUCAGCCCUUUUGAACGGCGGACAUUUUGAAACAGUGGCCAGUAAUCGACACCCACGGACUCCUACGCUUUAUUUUCUUUUCUUUUUUUAUUGCGUUGACUUUGAAUCUUGAGAACCACUGAGGGGAAGAGGAAGAAGAAACAAAUGACAAAAAAAAAAACUUCAUGUGAAUUUCUAUUUGAAAGACUGCACAGAACAUCUUUUGAAAUCAUCUUUGAACCUUCUGGAGUUUUAAUGAUGGACAGUUGCCAAGUCCCGCCCGUCCACAUGGGAAGAAGUUUGUUUUAAAACUUUGAGACUGCAUUUGAUUGAAAUGUCCUUGUAACGCACAUUUAUCCAGGUGUGUUACAGAGGAUGAGCACCUCUUUCUUAACCAGUUCAUACGAAAACAGGUCAAACCUAUGCUUUCUCUGUUUCUGACUGCAUUAUAUCAAUAAGAGAAUAAGCUAAUCAGUGGGGGAAAAAACUCUGAGAACAUGUUGGUAUUUUCAUUUACUUAAAAUCCUUUUUCUAAGGUUCUAAGGUACAAUAUGUCUGACGAUGUUUCCGUUUAAUAAAUGUACACAGUUGUUAUCAUAACUGGUUUAAAACAAUUUUAUCUCACAGCAACAGCAAAAAAAAAAAGAUGUAAAAAUUUAAACGUUAAAAAUAGAAUGCAUUUUUUUGUAAUGGAAAUCUACCGUGU